UUUUUUGAAAAACUGAUGAGUGAGUGAUGGUGACAUUAAAACGCACGCAAGAAGGAUACAUGGGGGAAAGCUGAGCUGUGUUCAACAUCGAAACGCCCAAUUUCAUUUCAGUUUUCUUUCUCAUUAGCUGUUGAACUGCAGCAGUUCAGGAACACACUCAUUCGGUUUCUCUUCCCCUAAUUAUAAAUAAUUAUUAUAGUUCUCAACCCCAGAACUCACUAAAGAUUUUGAAAACUUGUAGCAUGUCGAGGCACUCUCAACUCCCACCUCGUUGUCCUCUCCAAAAGAAAACCGUUGUUCCCCAUGCUAACAGCAUUCCCUUGUCUGAAGAUUCCGAGUUCCGUUUGAGGGGUUUCGGGCAUAACAGAUCAAUAUCCCAAAGCUCGGUCUUAGAUGAACAGCCCUCGUGGCUCAACGAUUUAUUGAGCGAAUCGGAAUCGAAUUCCAAUAUUACGUCACAUCGCCGAACGGCCAGUGAUUCUUUGAUGCUUCUCAAUGGUGUACAGUCACUCCAAAGUCUGAAUAGUAAGAAGGAAACUGCAGAUUCUUGUGGGCCCACAGAAGAAGAUGAGUUGGGGUCGAGCUGUACAUACGGUCCUAAUUCGCCUCGAAGGAAAAACAAGUUAGGGUUUCCUGAAAAGGAAAUCGUUUCGGCAUUUUCGGAACGUGUUAUGCAAAACCCUCUGCAAAAUUUAGAUGAAUAUAUUUCUGUUUCCGGAGCUUUUCAGCCUGGUUCGUUUGGUAGUGCAUGUGCUUCAGUGGGUGAGAUGAAUGCCGAGAACAAAUCAAUGAAACGUCACCCCGGGCAGAGGUCUAGAGCUCGAAAAAUCGAAUACAUUGCUGAGCUUGAAAGCACUGUUGAUUUUCUUCAGAGCAUGGGAUCACGAUUGGCUGGUAAUUUUGCGUCUCUAAUUCAACAAUACGCUGCUUUGUCGGUGGAGAAUAAAACACUGAAGCAGCACCUAGUGAGAAUGAAGCAGGAAAAAUUCAUCGUAGAUGGUGAAUAUCAGUCCCUUAAGAAAGAGGUGGAGAGUUUGAGAACUGGUUUAGCACUUUCUUCUAAUAAAAAGGUUCACAACAGGUCGGUUUCCGCUGCCAAUUUUGCCCAUUCAGAUCCCGUAUGGAGCAUGUUAGACAUGCGAAAACUCGACUUAAAUUGACUGCACUUUGUCGAUCCUGUCCUUGGAAUUUCAAGGGUCUCUGCGAGGAUUUGAGCACGUCAAAGAAACUCUGGUAGUACAAUAUCCCAAUAUGAAUAGACAUACUUCAUAUGUUGACAUGGACUUAUCGACUUUUUUUCUAAAUGAAAUAUAUAUUUUCCUGUCGACGAUGGAUUCUGUACAUAACUUACAUAGUCUUGACGAAAUCUCUGUAGUUUUAUAUGUACAAAAUAUUUUCUAUCUUUCUAAUGAGGCCAUUCAAUA